UUUCUUAUUUAGUUGUGAGUGAACAUGCGUCUGUUUAUGGCUAGCGUCCUCGCAGUGCUGCUGGUGCUGAGCUGUCCAUUCAGCAUGUCUGAAGUUCUAGAAACAUUUGAAAAAUGUAGUGAGUUUUUCUUGCGAGGACAGCCUCCAGUGAUUCCUGAAAUCUUGAUUCCAAAUUCUGAUCAUGCUCUCUACAAAAAAAUCUGUCAAAAAUAUAGAUUCCAAGAUAAUAAUCAAAGAUAUAGGUUUGCAACUCUCUACGACACAGCAAGCAGGAUUCCUGUUUUCUCAGCUUACAAAUACACUGGAAGAGGAAAUUUCGUCAGACCAGACAAUCCAUGGAAGAUCGAGCCGCAGCUCGAUCCUCACGUUGGUGACAUGACUGUUCCAUACAAAAAUCAGGCCAUCAAUGAAGACUACUUCGAAAACAACUUUGGAAUGAAUCGUGGUCAUUUGUUUCCCAGCAGUCAAGCAGCUGAUGUAUCCACAGCUGAAUCUACAUUCGCACUCACCAACAUUGUGCCACAGUAUGUGGCCUUUAAUGCAGGUGGUUGGAGAAGGAUGGAAAUUGAGAGUGGAGAGAGCAUGAAUACACAAUGCACUGAUAAUAAUGGUAAAGUUUUAGCCCAUGUGCUUACCGGAGCUAUACCUGGUAAAAACCAACUAAACAAUAGAGUGAACAUUCCCUCUUACAUGUGGAUGGCAUUCUGUUGCUAUGACAGUAAAAAUAAAAUGUGGGUCUCUCAAGCUUACUGGGCCCUAAACAAAAAGGAAAGGGAUGAUGAAGGGAUCAGUAGUAAGAAGCUGGAUGAAUUACAAGAAUUUCUGAGUCAAAACUGGGUGAAAAAUGUGCAGCUGUUUAGGAACAACUGUAAAGAUGUCUCUUAAAGCAUCCACUGGGCUAAAAAUCCUUGAAUGACCAUUUCUGAUGUUUUAGAUUAGAGGUCUAUCCUAACUCUUUUUUUAGUUGCUGUUAUA